GCGGCUCCAGGUGUGCUCACACCGGAGGAUGAUCGUGCAGAGAUCCGCGCAGAGAUGGCCUAACGCCGCCCGCUUUGUCUCCCAGCCCGAGUGGUCGUAGUGGAGCCCGGACCCCCGCCCGCCUCCCUCCCGGACCCGGGGAUCAGCUCGCCAUGGCCGGGCUCAUCAAGAAGCAGAUCCUGAAGCACCUCUCCAGGUUUGCUAAGAACCUGUCUCCGGACAAGAUCAACCUGAGCACGCUGAAGGGGGAGGGCCAGCUCACCAACCUGGAGCUGGACGAGGAGGUUCUGCAGAGCCUGCUGGACCUGCCCACAUGGCUGGCCAUCAACCGCGUGUUUUGCAACAAGGCUGCCAUCAGGAUACCAUGGACGAAGCUGAAGACUCACCCAAUCUCCUUGACCCUGGAUAAAGUGGUGAUGGAGAUGAGCACCUGUGAUGAGCCCCGCCCACCCAAUGGUCCGUCUCCCAUAGCAACAGCAUCAGGACAAAGUGAAUAUGGCUUUGCUGAGAAGGUGGUGGAGGGGAUGUCUCUAUCCAUCAACUCCAUCGUCAUUAGGAUCAGUGCCAAGGCCUUCAACGCCUCCUUUGAGCUCUCCCAGCUGCAGGUCUACAGCGUCAACACCAGCUGGAGCAUCAGCGACCUGCGCUUCACUCGCAUCCAGGAUCCUCAGAGGGGCGAGAUCCUGACAUUUAAGGAGAUCAGCUGGCAGAUGAUCCGCAUCGAGGCCGACGCCAUUCAGAGUGCCGAGCACGAGAUGCUGAGCGCCCCCAUCCGCCUCAUCACCAACCAGUCCAAGAUCAGAGUCACCCUGAAGAGACGGAUAAAGGACUGCAACGUCGUGGCCUCCAAGCUGAUUCUGGUCCUGGACGACCUGCUGUGGGUCCUGACCGACUCCCAGCUCAAGGCCAUGGUGCAGUAUGCAAAGUCCCUCAGCGAGGCCAUGGAGAAGUCUGCUCAGCAGAGGAAGAGCAUGGCCACAGAGGAGCAGGUGUCGUCGCCGCCCACCUCGGCCCAGCAGGUGCGCACGCAGCAGACGCCCACAGCUGCCGAUCAGAGUGCAAGCAUGGCCAAGCUGUUCAGCGCCUACGACGUGUGCGAGACGUCCCACCACCUCCAGAUCACCCACCUCGACCUGCACAUCUGUGACGACAUCCAUGCUAAGGACAAAGUUAACAAUAAGCGGAUCACAGGUGGAGCAAUGCAGCUUUCCUUCAGCUCCAUCACCCUGGACUACUACCCUUUGCACAGAGCAGGUGACACCUGCGUACACUGGAUGCACUACAGUGAAGCCACUAAAACCAGGGACGGCUGGGUCAAGAACCUGCUCGAUGAGUUCAAGUCCAACGUGGAGAUGUUAAAGAGUGCCAUUCGGGAUCAGCAAGCCCCGGCUCCUGCACACAGUUCCCCACAUCAUGGUACGGUAAACACCUCGUCCUCCUCCAGCGCUUCCUUCAGUCCUCCUCCCCAGAGUCCCAAGACCCAGCUCAUGUCCAGCUCGGUGGUUCUGAGGAUGGCCGACUUCAGCAUCUACCAGGUGUCGACAGCAGACCAGCGUCGCUCCAGCCCCAAAACCAUGAUCUCCUGCAAUAAGAAGUCCUUGUACCUUCCUCCGGAGAUGCCAGCCAUCCACGUGGAGUUCACAGAGUACUACUUCCCCGAUGGAAAAGACUACCCCAUCCCAUGUCCGAACCUGUACGUGCAGCUCAACGCCCUGCAGCUGGUCCUGGAUCCUCGCAGCCUGGAGUGGCUCAACCUGUUCGGCCUCGACCUCAAGCAGAGUCUGGAGCAGUUCAUGGAGAUCUACAAGCUCGACGACCUGCAGAAACCUGACGAUCACGUCGACAUCAAGAUCGACGGCCUCAUGCUCAAGCUGGUGGUGCCCACCGACCGGGACGCCUCCUGCCCCGCCGACCUGCCGCGCUCCGUCUCCAUCCAGACGUCUGAAAUGGUGGCCAGCAACACCCGGCACCCGGGCAACUGCACCCGCUCGCACCUGGAGGCCCUGCUGCAGGCCUUCGAGGAGGAGCCGUUCUUCUCCUCGUCGUUCUCCUCGUUCCCUCGCUCCUCCUCCUCCUCCGUGCCCAUCCUCCACCCCGUCUUCCAGCGGCACGCUCACGAGCAGGACACCAAGCUGCACGACGUCUACCGAGGGCUGGUGUCGCCCUCGCUGGGCGCCGACGCCCUCAAGAUGCCCGCCGCCACGGACUUGUGGUCGCUGCACUUCGCCCAGUUCUGGGUGGACUACGAGGGCAGCCACGGGGGCAAGGGCCGGCCGCAGCCCUUCGUGGACUCCUUCCCCCUCACCGUGUGGGGGUGUCAGCCGGCCAAGAUCGCCGAGCAUCAGGAGAAGCUCCGGAGCGCCUCCGGAUCAGGGAUGUCCAGAAGCACGUCGCAGGAGGCCGUCUCCCGUUUGCAGAGGAAACGGUUGUUAAAGGAGUAUUACAGCACGGACGGGGCGUCGCCAUCGCCUCACGGCAGCGAUGCAGUACCGCCGGCUAACAACGGGCUGCAUAAACCCCUCUCGCUGGACUGUUUGCCCUCCUCAUCCCCUCCUUCGUCAUCAUCCAGUACAGAUGCAGACGUGCACCUGUUGGUGCACGUUCAGAAGCCCUUAAGCGCUCAGGUGAGCCACCGGCAGUACGUGUUCCUGAUGCACCUGCAGCGCAGCCUCAAAGCCCUGCAGCAGAAGCUGCAGCAGGACCUGGAGGAGAUGGGCUCCAAGCGGGAGCGUAAGGACUCCUCCCACCACCCCGCGGACCACCAGCCCUUCACCGUCUGCUUAGGCCUCCUGCUCAAGAGUGCAGAGGUGUCCCUCCUCCUGAAGCCGGUCCCCCGGCCCGAGGGUUCACGAUCCCCCGCGGGCUCAGAGCUCUCCCCCUCGGAGAGCCGAGGAACCCUGGAGCCUCCCGGCGACGCCGGGGAGGGAGCAGAGAAGGGACACGACGGGGAAGGAGCUGCAAAGCCGUCGCUCCCUGCGGACCAGCUGCUGCGUGGGGACAGCCCCGUCCCCCUCCUUCCCUCCUCCACGUCUGCUCCUCGUCGGGACUCGGCUCACAGAGCCUCGGAGGAGGAGAGGACUCCGGCUAAGAGCGCGGGCAGGGGGGGCUCGGACGAGGGGGGGGACGCCGCGGUGGAUUGGUCGACCGCGGUCGAUGAAGUGGGAGUUGGGUUAGAAUCCAAAGCCCAAGUAAGUGAUUCUUUUUCUGACCCACUGAGCAGCAAAGACUUGAGCGACAAAGACAAGACGCCUGGAAAGAUGCCUCAGUCAAUAUCCAGGAAAGGAAGUUUGUCUUUGGUUUCUGAUCUCCUCAGCUCCUCAAACUCCAGCAGAUCCACCUCCCUUUAUUCCAUGUCCAACAUUGGGCGCUUGAUGCGUGACCGUUCCCAGUCCAGUUUCUCUGUGUCCUACAAGAACAUGAAGAAGAGCCCGUCUCUGCAGUCGCUGGACAACAUUUCCAUCGACAGUUACCUGAUGGAGGACGGAGACGCCUACAGCUUACUGGAGAGAGACGAUGUGUCGAUGUCCGGAUACAAGGAUGCCAUCAGUGAGCAGAGCGCCGCCGAGGCCGGACCGGGUCAGGAGCAGGAAGGAGGCGCGUCGUCUGACAGCGUCAGCGCCACGUCCCAGAGCAUUGACGAACCCACCAAAGACAUAGUGUCCGUGCUGGUGCUGAAGGUCCGGUCGGUGUGUGUGGGCAUGGAGGCGGUGGGGGAGAGCGCGGCUGUGGCGCUGGAGGUGGGCAGCGUCACGCCCAGCCAGCUGGGCAACAUCAGCCUCCGGCAGUACCUCAGCAACCGCAGCCUCGGUGGUGGCGACGUCAACGCUGCGUCUGCCCGGAGCCCACGCGGCCCGGAGGUGCGGGCUCGGCUGGAGAGCGGGCCCUGCGCCGCGGCCCACUCCCCGCUGGCCGAGCGCAACGGCUUCCUGCAACUGCGUCUCCAUGGAUACCGCGCCAACUUCCUGAUGUCCACGCUGCACAACCUGGCCCUCUUCAUGGAGGACGACUUUGCGCCGCAAGUGCUGCCCAUGGAGAUCAGCGUCAGGGACACGCACAUCAACCUAGAGGACGACGGCCCCCGGGACAACACGUCCGAGGGCGAGCCCUCGCCCAUCACCCUCCACGUGGACAGUCUGCUCAUACACAGACGGGACGACGGCUCCUUCUCCAUAGGAGUGGACAAAGAGACGGACGACAGACCCAGGAAAACAGAUCUGAUGGACGGCUCUCUCAAUCCGCUCCUGGAGACGGUGAGCCGGGUCUGCGGGGAACCGAAGGCCACGCAGACUCCAACCCCGCCCAGCAGCCCUCCUCCGUCCGCCAGAGAAAAGAUGCUGAUGGAGGAGAACGAGUGUCUGAAGGUGGAGCUCUCCCGGGCCAAGAUGGCGCUGGCCGAGGCUCAGAUGGAAAAGGACUCGCUGAUUCACCGCAUGAAGAACCUCAAAGUCAACACCAGCUAGACGCGCCUCCCCGCUCCCCGGCCGGCUCCCGCUCGGCACCCGCGGGUCCGCAGAGACGAGCUCCCACACCGAAGGACACCAGUUAAAAUUAAGUAAAGAAAAGAGGAUUUUUUUUCUUCUCCUUUUUUAAAAAAACUUCAAUGGCUCCAUUUUCACGCUUCUUGAUCGAGUGAACCAGCACGUCUCUACACUUCAAAGCAACGCGGAGUCUGUGAAGACUCAGAAACACACAUCUCGUCUGUUUUAUCUCCUUCACUUCGGACGGCGGAGGUUCGAUGCGUUUGGGAAAACUGAAAAAGAAAGCAAGAACAGAAAUGCGUAUUUGAAAGCGAGCCUGAGACUUCUACGGUUAGUUGGUGCCUGCAGAUAAACCCUCUCCUCACUAGUCUGUUGAAAGUAAAAUAAAAAAGAAAGUCAGUAUGAAUGAACACUGAAUGUCGUAUCUUCAGAGGAAUGUCUCCAAAAAAAAGAUUUAUUUUGCACUGCACUCGAAUUUUUAAUUUAGUGCGUAUUAUGUUCAGAUGUGGGCGGGGCGGGGUCGUAGCCACGCCCCUCCUCCUCUGGGUGUACAGUGUAUAUUGUACAAGAAUGUGAACACAACUAUUUUCUACAGACCUUUGAAUGGUGACGCAGUGUUUUAGUUGGGUGUGUGUGGUGUUUUUUUUGUUUAUAUCUCAACCAGAACAAGCAUUUAAUUAAAAUUACACAAGGAAUUUCCGCAAAACGCCUCACGCCAGUCCGUGACCUCCUCGGACGUCCCGUUUUGCGUUAACGGCUACUUUAACACGUGCACUUUUAAAACUGAGGCACUGCAAACGAAGUAAAAAAGAAAAGAGGGAAACAAGUGAUGCUGCCUGUGUGUGUGUCUUUUAUGUAAAAAUGUAGAAGUUUCUUUGUUUUUUUUUUUUUUUUAAAUCAAUGAACAUGCAAAGACCAUCGUUUGCUGCUGAUUCGUCUCGGCGUGAGAACGUCUGGGGGGAAUCCUGACGGGAUGUUUAAAGACUAAAACUUUCUAACAGCACAAGAAUAAAUGGAAAACAAAAAAACAAGGCUAUAGUUUCAGGUUUUAUAACUCUGAUCUCAUGUUCAACAAUAAAAGUACAUGAUUGGCUCCGUUAAUUUCA